AAGUAAUCCUCAAAGCAUCCUAUUGGGCUGUCCUAUUGAGACCCGAGCAACAUCUCCUGCGGAGGGUGAACAAACAUGGAUCGAGCUGAGCUCCUGAGCAACUUGCAGGAGUACAGGGCACAAUUACAGCAGGUGGAACAGCUGCUGAUCGAGGACUCGGAGAACCAGGAGUAUGCUGAGAUCCACAACAAUCUUUCAGAGGCCAUCAGCCUCACAGAGGAAUUGCUGCAAGGUGAGGAUGAUGGAGACGAAGGGGCAGGGCCCUCCACGUCUGCAGCAGCAGCACCAAGGCCAGCAAGGCACGCACCGAACGUGGUCCUGACAGAGGCGCCAGCCAUCCAGCUGUCUUCAGUCCUCCCUGCCACGGUGGCACAGCAGAUCAGGGCGGCGCAGCAGAAGGCAGCGCUAGCGGGGCAGGCGCCUCCGGCAUGGGCCAUCGGCGCGGUGUGUCACGCGCUGAGCCCGCUGGAUGGCAACUGGGCCGAGGCGAAAGUGAAGGGCAUCAGCGCGGGCGGCAACUUUGUCGUCGCCUUCAGCGGCCGGGAGGACGAGCUGGAAGAGGUUGAUCGCGGGAGUGUGAAGCCGCCGCCGGCAGUGGAGGAGACGUACAGAGGAGUGGCCGCGCCCUCACGCCCCAAAGUCAACGCCGCGCCGGAGGCCAUCGAGAUGCCCCGGUGGCUUGAGAUCAAGCCGACGGACGACGACAAGACCAAGGCGAAGAAGAAGAAGCUGCAGAAGAGCUACAAGAGCAAGAAGAGGUUCCAGGAAAUGGACAUGGUGACCAAGAAGAAGCAGCAGUCCUGGCUUGACUUCAAGUCCGGCAAGGGCGCCAAGAAAAAGACGGGCUUCCUGUCGACCACAAAGAAGGGCAGCAUCUUUUCAGUUCCGGAUGGGCCUGGGGGCAAGGUGGGAGUGGUGGGCUCUGGCAAGGGGAUGACUGAUAACCCCACCUUUGUCAAGCAUGACUACAGCGCUGUCGGCCAAUGAUACGUGCUGAAGGCUGCAGAAGAGUCUUCUACCCUGUUGGCUGCAACAGAAUUCACCUCGUGGCAGCUACAUAUGUACAAGAGCCAUUGUUUGGGUGAUCGAUUGUUGAAAGAAUAAUGACUUUUUUGCAAAGGUGUUUCACCGGGAAGCAAUGACCUCUUUUGGUAAGCACCAUGAGCGUUACAUCCUACCUCUUAUAUGCGCUUCCAAUGCCAGCCAUACCAGACCACCGACUGGCUGUAAAAUUGUAUCUGCAGACUAUAGAGUUAGGAAGCAAGCUCAAAAUUCACAGUGUUGCCUCGUGUCUGUAUCUACAGAUGCCUUCAGAUAAUCAAGGGCCAUCUAACUUCUAUUGGCCAUUGGUUUACUAACCAAUAUUAUUAGCACAGGAGCUCUCUGUGUUGCUUAUGACAUGUUCAAAACAUAAGCAGCCUGUCCGGAAAAGUCUCACGAGCUACCGAUCUGCUUCAUGACCAGCUUGGGCCGCAGCGUGACACAGUCAGCGUUGACAAGCCCGAGUGCGCAGAUGGCACGCCCCCCCACGGGCAUCACAUCCACAUUCACCACCCACUCGGGGUUCUUCAGAUCCACCGCGGCCAUUGCGCCACCCUGCGCUGUUCCCUCCGCAAACCCUGCCGCAGCCACCGCAAUCCCCCUUUCCCUACUCAAAAACCCUUCGUUCCCUUUUUCUGCCCCAAUCUCCUUCUGCUCUUCACUGCCAUUUUCACUGCCAGCUAACAGCCUUUCAUCUUCGUCUUCUCUGUCCCUCUUGCCGCUAGUCAAGGCUGCACCAUUGGACUCAGGAACACCGCUGCUGUGGCCGUUCUGCCGCUCUAAACUGGCAUUGCCAGAUGGCACCGCUGUGGAUAUCUCAGCAGCAGCAGAGGUCGGCUUCUGCCACAUAUGGUCGGCUGCGGCACCGUCCGACGGC